AUGGCUUCCUCUACUUCCCUUUCUCUCACCUUACCUAUAUUUUCUUCUUCUUCUUCUCCCUCUUCACGCCUUAAUCCUCUUCCCUCCUUUUCCUUCCAUUCCCGAAUUACCCACAUACCCCUUCAACUUCACAUUCAAAACCCUCUUCUUUUCCCCAAGAUUCGCUCUCUCCUUCAACAAACCAGAGCUACACCAGUUAACAAAGACUUGUGGGAUAAAUCGAUUUUGAAAAGUGAAACCCCAGUCCUUGUUGAGUUCUAUGCAAACUGGUGUGGCCCGUGCAGGAUGGUACACCGAGUUAUCGAUGAGGUUGCAACAGAGUAUGCUGGAAGACUCGAGUGCUUUGUACUCAACACAGACGCUGAUAUGCAAAUUGCUGAAGAGUAUGAAAUUAAGGCUGUACCAGUGGUUUUAUUGUUUAAAAAUGGCAAGAAAUUUGACGCCGUAGUUGGUACCAUGCCAAAGGAGUUUUAUGUGUCUGCGAUUGAGAGGAUGCUCAAUUGA